AUGCUCCCACCAACCCUGAUAUCGCUUCUCCUCCUCUCCCUCUCCACCCACGCGACCACCGCCUCGCCCUCGCCUGCCAUCGUCCUCGACGAUUACAUCCACCUAAUGCCGCACAACACGCUCUUCUUCCGGCGGCAGGCCUCGCCCUCGAACCUGCAAACGUUUACGCAAAGCCUAGGCGGUGUAUCUGCUCUGCCCAUCACAUCGAGCGGCAACGCGGAGCGACCCUUUGAAGUCGACGGCGACACGUUCAACGAUUUCGCGACCGCCGCGCAGAGGAGCUGCGAUCGACAGGCGAAUGCGUGCAGUAAAGCUGCGAAUGACGGCGGGAAUAAAGAGUUUAAAGUUAAUGAUUGUGACCAGCAGAAGAAUGCUUGUAACGACGCGCAAAAGAGCGCAACAGUCACGAGUUUCGGCCAAGCAGAUGCCAACGCUGGUGGAGGCGGAGGUAACAACAACAACGGCGCAGGCGUCAUCGCAUCUACGAAUAUUGGUCCCGAUCCGCAGUUCCCUGAUUUCGACCUCAUCUGCGACGCGUGA